AUGUUCAAGGUAGCAAAUGCAUCUGAAUACCUGGUUAUCACUGGGGUUGGAAUCAAAGACAUACAACUUGCAAAGAAAGCAUGGGUUCUCCCUGGCCAGGCAUUCACCGUUUUCGACCUCUCUCCGGUUAACUACACCUUCGAAGUCCAAGCCAUGAGCGCCGAAAAGCUACCUUUCCUGCUUCCUGCGGUCUUCACAAUCGGUCCCAGACUGGACGACGAACAGAGCCUUUUCAAAUACGCUAAACUCAUCUCACCUCAUGACACGCUCUCUCACCAUGUCAAGGAGCUUGUCCAAGGUAUCAUUGAGGGAGAGACACGUGUCCUCGCUGCAUCCAUGACAAUGGAAGAGAUUUUCAAAGGCACCAAAGAGUUUAAACAAGAAGUGUUCGAGAAAGUUCAGCUAGAGCUUAACCAGUUUGGGCUUUUGAUUUACAACGCCAAUGUUAAGAACCUAGUGGAUGUGCGUGGACAUGAGUAUUUCUCUUAUUUGGGUCAGAAGACGCAAAUGGAAGCUGCAAACCAAGCAAAGGUGGACGUGGCUGAGGCCAAGAUGAAGGGGGAGAUAGGAUCGAAGCUGAGAGAAGGGAAAACGCUUCAAAAUGCUGCGAAAAUUGAUGCAGAGACUAAAAUCAUACGGACACAGAGGCAAGGAGAGGGUGAGAAGGAAGGAAUAAAGGUGAGGACUGAAGUGAAGGUGUUUGAGAAUGAGAGAGAAGCAGAGGUAGCAGAGGCAAAUUCUGAGCUUGCUAAGAAAAAAGCUAUGUGGGAAAAGGCGGCGCAGGUGGCGGAGGUGGAGGCCACCAAGGCUGUGGCACUGAGAGAAGCAGAGUUACAGGGAGAGGUUGAAAGGAUGAAUGCUUUGACAAGAACAGAGAAGCUUAAAGCUGAGUUCCUUAGCAAAGCAAACGUUGAGUACGAAACCAAGGUACAAGAGGCCAACUGGGAGCUGUACAAGAAGCAAAAAGCGGCGGAAGCAAUUCUGUUUGAGAAGGAAAAAGAGGCGGAAGCACAAAAAGCAUUAGCAGGGGCAGCAUUUUUCACACGCCAACAAGCAGCUGAAGCAGAGCUAUACGCAAAGAAAAAGGAGGCAGAAGGGCUUGUGGCAAUUGGUCAAGCCCAAGGAGCAUAUUUAAAGACACUUCUCGAUGCAUUGGGAGGCAACUACGCAGCUCUAAGGGACUACUUGAUGAUAAAUGGUGGCAUCUUUCAAGAGAUUGCCAAGAUUAAUGCUGAGGCAAUACAUGGACUUCAGCCUAAGAUUAGUAUUUGGACCAAUGGUAAUGGAGGAGAAGUAACUGAUGGAGGUGCUGGUGGUGGUGCAAUGAGUAUGAAGGAGGUUGCUGGUGUGUACAAGAUGUUGCCACCUUUGUUUAAGACUGUCCAUGAGCAAACGGGUAUGCUGCCACCUUCUUGGAUGGGAACUUUGCCUGACAAAAGUUCUUAG